GGGGCGGUAAUGCAGCUGAGAAGCAGCUCAACCAACUGCCAACACAAACAACACGAAGAAGAAGCAGCAGAAGCAGCAGAAGAAGUGAAGGGUUGUGCUCUCUGGUAGCUUACAGCCUGAAUGUGCCUCCAAAUAUGUGACUAAUGUGAGCUCCAUCUCAUUCCGGACUCACUCUACUUCACCUAGCAUCGCGGUGAAACCAUGGCGGACUCUCAGCUGCUGUUGAACGAGGACAUCUCGGCCGUGAAGAGGACUGUUUGUGUUUCUGCUGCUCUUGUUGUUAUUGUAGCUAGCGCUAGCAUUAGCUCAUUAGCUCACUCUGCUGUCUCUCGCUCUCAGCAGAAUAACAACCGAGGUUGACUCACUGCUGCAGGGGAAGUAAAACCACAACAACAAGGUAACUCUGGAGCAAGUUAGCAAGGUUGCAAUAACACACAGCAAUGUGCAUGUUAGGCUUCUUUACUCAGUUGAUCAUUGGACAGUUUUUAAGGGAAGGUGCAUGAUAUUUGACAAGUAAACAUCAAAGUUGCAGCUGCAUGCUUUAGUUUAGAAGAAGACCAUCAUGAUAUUGCUAGCUAAGGUCAGUUAAGGCAGCCAGCAGGCAUUGCUGUGUGUUUUAAUGAGAUGGAGCAGCAGAUAACAGCAGCAGCCAGCCAGUGAGAUGGCUCUCCUUCUCCACAGCACAUCUGUCUGAGUUGUGCAAAGAGAGGACAAAUCAUGUCUUGCAAAGCUGCAACCAAGGACAAGAAGUCUAGCUUCAGCAAGAAGCUGUUCAGACGAGGCUCUGUGCGAUCUGUUGGUAGUUUCAUGAGCAGAGUCCUGAGGACACUGACAGCUUUAUCACACUUUGGAUCUGAGGUGCAAGCAGAGGAUGACAAAGAUGAUGGAGGGUUUUCCACUUUUAAACCUGGGAGCAAAGAUGUGCCCAUGGAGGAUGGAGACCUCGCUGGGUUUCUGUCUGGAGAGAGAGUUCCUGGAGUGUCAGGGCUGAAAAACCACGGCAACACCUGCUUCAUGAACGCCAUCCUGCAGUGUCUCAGCAACACAGAGCUCUUUGCUGAGUACCUCGUUUUGGAGCACUACAAAGGCGAGGAUGAGGAGCUGGAUGAGGACAAACCAAAGACGAAUGGCAUGCUCCUGCAGAAGAAGGGUCCUCUGGCCAAAGGGGAGGUCACAGAGCAGCUGUCGGGACUUGUGCGGGCUUUGUGGACGUUUGAGUACACCCCGCAGCAUAGCAGGGAUUUUAAGAAUGCUGUGUCGAAAAAUGCCACCCAGUUCAAAGGGAAUUCUCAGCACGACGCUCAGGAGUUUCUGCUGUGGCUGCUGGACAGAGUACACGAAGACCUCAACACAGUCAACCCCAACAUCAGGCCUGCUAUAAAGCCACCUAUUGAAGAAGACGAUCAGAGCUUACAGGGGCCGUCUCCUCCCCUCUCUGCUGGUUCGUUUGUACAAGAACUGUUUCAGGCUCAGUACAGAUCUUCUCUUACUUGCCCACAUUGCCAAAAGCAGAGCAAUACGUUUGAUCCCUUCCUCUGCAUCUCCUUACCGAUCCCACUGCCACACACACGGCCCCUGUAUGUGACGGUGGUCUACCAGGGGAAGUACUCUCACUGUAUGAGGAUCGGAGUCGCUGUUCCCCUCAACAGCACCGUCUAUCGCCUCAGAGAUGCUGUGUCACGUGAGACCAAGAUCCCAAUGGACCAGUUUGUUUUGACUGAAAUGUACUACGAUGGUUUCCAUCGUUCAUUCUGUGAUGAUGAUGACGAUCUUGAGAUCAUUCAAGAGAGCGAUUCCAUAUUUGCCUUUGAGACACCAGAGACCUUCAAACUGGAAAACAUACGCACAAAAAGAGGAAGUCUUCUGGCAAACCUGAAUCAUAACAACUUGAAGUAUGGGACAGAAAUCAGCAGGACUCCGUCUUUCAUGCAGGGGGCCAUGACUCCCUUAACUGCAUCACCGAAUAAAAACCUGGGACCAGAGAAAAUUAUCCUUCUGGUGUGUAACAGGGCGUGUACCGGCCACCAAGGAAAGAGGUUCGGUCUGCCUUUCGUACUGUACAUGGAGCGCACUGUGACCUGGGAUGCUCUACAGAAAGAGAUCCUGGAGAAGAUGCGUCAUCUUUUGAGGCCGGGGGUCUACAUUCAGGUUGGACCUUUCAGUCUCCGGGUGGUUGGCGUUGUUGGUAUCACCUACCUCCUUCCUCAAGAUGAGAGACCACUGUGUCAUCCAACUGUGGAAAGAGCAUACAAGUCGUGUGGACAAGGGGGGCCACCACAUGUGAAGAUUGUGGUGGAGUGGGACAAAGAGACCAAGGACUAUCUGUUUGGACACACUGAGGAGGAGUACAUUCCUGAUGCUGAGAGUGUGUAUCUGCACCGGGAACAACAUCAUCAGCCGCAGGCCUGCACCCUCGCUCAGUGCUUCCAGCUCUACACUAAGGAGGAGCAGUUGGCCCCGGACGAUGCCUGGCGCUGUCCCCACUGCAAGCAGCUGCAGCAGGGCCGCAUUAAGCUCAGCCUGUGGACGCUGCCGGAUGUGCUCAUACUGCAUCUCAAGAGGUUCAGACAGGAGGGGGACCGCAGGGUGAAGAUGCAGAACAUGGUGAGGUUCCCGCUGAUGGGCAUGGACAUGGCCCCUCAUGUGGUUAAGAGAAGCCAGAGCAGCUGGAGUUUACCUUCUCAUUGGUCGCCAUGGAGACGCCCUUAUGGCCUGGGAAGAAACCCCGAUGACUACCUGUAUGACCUGUAUGCCGUGUGCAACCACCAUGGGAACAUGCAUGGAGGCCACUACACAGCGUACUGUAAGAACUCCAUCGAUGGUCAGUGGUACUGCUUUGAUGACAGUGAGGUUUCACCGGUAGCGGACGAUGACGUGUGUCAGCAGACGGCCUACAUACUGUUCUACCAGCGGAGGACUGUUAUUCCUUCCUGGUCGGCCAACAGCUCUGUUGCUGGUUCAACCAGUUCAUCCCUGUGUGACCACUGGAUCAACAGGUUACCUGGCAGCAGGCCUGCUAGCUUGGCCUCCGGAGCCUCAUCCAGACGCACCUCUCUGGCAUCACUGGCCGAGUCAGUAGAGUUUCCGGUAGAGCGAAAUGAAGAUGAUGGAGGAUUCUCUGUCCGCCCUUUCGUGAGGAGCAUUCAGCGUCAGAGCUUGUCCUCCAGGUCGUCCAUCGCGAGCCCUUUAGCCUUCAGCGACAGUGGGAUAAAGCCUUCCUGGUCUCUCUCUGCGAAGCUGAGCAUGAGAUCCAACUCGCCCUCGCGUUUCUCCCUCGACUCUCGGUGUUCUCCUCCUCUAGAGAGGAUAGGAGAGGCCUGCGAUGACAAAGUCUCCACGUCCUGUUUUGGCAGCUACAGUAGACACGAACGCUACUUUGGCAACAGGACUCCCCCGUCUAUGAUGGAGAGCAACUUCAGUGAGCAGGACAACAACAAGAGGUUCAUGGACAUGAUGUACUGCAGGGCUCCCACUCCAGUGGAAAAGAAGAGCGGCAAGAACGAGGCGACUGAAAACAACAACCAGAUCACAGCUAUAGACCAAAACAGUCUACCCGCCCAAGCUACUCCCUCCAAAGAACAGAAACGCAAGAGCAGUAUCGGGGGAUUUGGCUCAAAGGCAGAAAGCACGGGCUCCGCAAAGAGUUCCAGCAAAGCGGAGCAAGAGAAAACCUCCAAAAAGCGUCUGUGCUCAACCCAUAAGAUCUGCACUGCUGAGACGUCUUCCAGUACACCUGUGAAAGGUAAAAAAGCAAGCAAUACUAAAGAGAAGAGUGUAAAUGCCAAGAAGAGCACCUCUACACCCAGCGGAACUCCCUCCAAAACAAAGGAGGUAGCUCAACCUCUAGAUGCAACGCCACAGCGCAAGCCAUUCGUCCGCUCCACACCUCAGUCCUCAGCUUCUCCCUCUCCAACCGCGAAGAAGAAUACCAGCGUCGCUGAGAAAAGCUCCGCGAGCAGUCGGAAAAGGCUGGUGGAAAGGAGCUACAGCAGAGAUUCUAUGCACACUAGUCCGCUGGUCGACAGUCUCCGAAGCAGCUUGGCAUCCCGCUCCUCGCUGUCUAAGAGCGGGGAAAGCAACCGGCCCGAGAGGAGAUCUGUCAGGAGCUCCAGCAGCAGCUCUUCUGUCACCAGCCUGCGCUCGCCCAGCGUGUCCACCAGAGACCUGCAGCGCGGCAGCAAAUCUGAGGAAAAAGGCUUGUCUUUCUUCAAGAACGCCCUCCGACAAAGGGAAAGCCGCCGGUCGGCUGAUUUAGGGAAAAGCACCCUGCUUGCCAAAAAGGCCUCGGAGAGGACGUGCAAGCAGAACGGGCAAGCCAAGGACAUCGGUGGUGAUACCGGAAAGACAGGAGACGCUGUGUCCUCACAGACGUCCAUAGAGCCUAACGGAGGGGAGUCAAAGUCAGAGACAAAGGAGUCUUCCAAGCCCCCCAGCUCUCUCAGUCGCACUCUGUUGAACGUUGGCAAGUCCAAGUCUUCCACUUCUGAAGUAAGUCUCAAGUCUCCCUCUAAAGGGAAGAAGCCUCUCGAAAGGAUGGCAUCUUCCCGAAAGCUGUCGUCAAGCAUGCAAUCUCCCGCACGUACAACAAAGAGGCCUCAAUGAUAAACCCAUAGUAGUAACAUUGAACUUACAUAAUGCAGCUAUUUUCUUUGUGCCUAAGUUUCAGUGAGCAGCAGAUGCAUUUGUAAGGAGACCCAUUUGUUGAUGUUAUGCUUUUACAUCAGAUACAUAACGCUGGCUUUGAGGUUUUCAAUAUUGGCAGCCAGCUUAUUUAGCUGUACUGGAUAAGAAGUACUGUACAUCAUCUGCAUAUUUUGGGUGCCAAACAGUUGCUUGGUAUGCUGCCAGUUCUAGUUGGUAAAGCUGUGUGUAUUGUUACCAAUUACACCUUUUGAGCAUUAGGUAGGGUUUUUGAUGCGAGUGAGACAAUCGCUUAGAUGUUUUUCUGGCAUGGAGGGUACUUUGGUAUGCCAUAUGUGCGUUCAGCUGUACAGCACAACCUGUUAGAUUUUGUGCGUGCUGCUGGAGGCUUAUAUGACAGCUGACAGAAAUUCCCUGUUGGAAUCCUGAAAUCCAAUUAUCUUCCCUUCAGACAAGAGGCUUGUUAUAUUGAAACACUUCAAACAUUAAAGUUUAGUUCGCUUUGCAAAAUAUCCUGCUGACGCAACCAGGAUUUAAAAAAUGCAGCAGCUCAUGCAUUUAAAGAAAUUAAUGGGGUAAGAAGCGUUUUCACCUUCUAUGCACCAACAAUGCAUAAUUUGUCUUUUCUUUCGGAUUAAGGUGGAAUUAGGGUGGAAUUAAGCUGCCGUUCUAUAAGCAUUUAAAGCUCAAUAUUAGUGCGAACAGGAGCGUAACAUCACAAAUAGUCUCCGGACAAAUACUGAAACUGAAUUUGACGCUCAGACAUACGCACACACAAGAGUUUCAUUCCCAAAUAAUAGUGGCUUAGCUUUCAGAGUAGCUCUCAUUGAUUUGUUUUUUAAGCUGAUCAAAUUGACCAUUGAUGAGUAAAAACCUGCAAUCUGUUUUUUCCAAACACUUUCUCCAUACACCUCAUGCAUCGGUUCAUAGGUAAGACGUUAGCUGAGUGUCAAAGAGAUGAAAAGACUAUAAGAGAUGAUAAACUUCCCGAUUAUGUACAUUAAAAUAAUAGACAUACAGAGGUGAUGGCAGGACCUGGACCAAAAGAUGAAAAGGAAUUAGAAUCUGUACACACAUUGAGACAAAUUGUCCAAUAUUUUAAAGCUUUAUUUUUGUUUAAUACUAGUACUUUUUCGAUAGAAAUUUAUUUUAUCAAAUACUUAUUGAAGUUUUUUCUCAAAAGGGAUGGUGUGUUUUGGAAUGAAACCCUUUAAAAUCUCACACACACACACACACAUAUAUAUAUAUAUGUGUCUGUACAGAUAUUGACAAAUUCUAUAGUAUAUAACCCAUUUUUUUUCAUCUCCACGAGCAAGAUGAUAAAUGAUCUUAAGCGCCUUUCAAUACUGUACAUGGAAACAAAUAAUUGCCUUUGGCAACAUAGUAGUCUACUACUGUAUGCAUCACUGAGUAGGAAUGUUGUAUUGUUCGCACUUUGUGUAGAUAAGAUAGGUUUCUUUUACCCAGAACAGUCGCAUAUAUAUAUAUAUACAUACAUACACAACUAACUUAACAGUGUAAUUAUCUCAUUUUUAAUAUGUCGUCAUGAUUUCAAGACAUAUCGUAAAGUAUAGUGUCAACAGGCCUUUUUAAGACUUGAAAAAGGUCAAAAUGGUUUAUUCAUCUCAAUGUUCCCGGGGUCGUUUUUAAGGAAUCCCCCCCGUUACUACACCUGGUGCUGUAACAGACCGACGCUCUUCUGGCGCUGAUAUUUCUCAAACGAGCAUAUUUUUUAAAUGCCGAUGUUCAGAACUGUGACCACACACUUCAGUGAGCCAGAAAACCUGUUGGCAGCAUUUAUCAUAACCUGUGGUACCUCAUUGGAGAAGAAGACAAUGACUUUUUUUUUUUCUUCAUCUGGCUGAAACAGAAUAUAAUGAGCCAUUUAAUUAAUCACAGAACUCCAUUUAUACUGUCUCUGAGCAGCAAAUAUGGAUACGUAGGCUACCAGACACUGCACGGCGUAUUUCUUUUGCAGUAUAAAUGACAGAGGCAGUUAUGAAUAUUUAGCUGCAAUAUCAUUGUACAAUUACCCCAACAUGCAAUUGCAAUAUUCAUACAUUAGAUACCAGCACAGUGUAUGUUUUUAAAGAAUGAAUGUGGUUAUACCAUUAAAAUCCAACCAUUAGUAAGUAUACUUUUAACAUCAUCUUUGACUUAUAGAUCUACAGCAUUUCUCUCAACUGUUUCUCUGUAGCAUCUACCAGGUUUACAUUGGUUCUCAGAUGGUUUCAGAGGAAAUACCACUCCAAUUUAAACAUGCGAUGUAUGUUAUUUAAAUGGUCUGUGCAUAGUUUGAGCAAAUCAGCAGCCUUAAUGUGCCUGGCUUUGGAUGUGUGACAUUGGUUUUUGGUCGGAGGUCACAUCUCAUGAUAUUGAAAUUAGCUGUAAAGCAACAGUUAUGCUGUUCAUCAAUGCACUUUUGGUAGAUAAAACUGCUAUAUGAUGACAUUUUUAACCCAAAUUCUACACAUUAUUAUUUAAAUGUGAUCUAAUUAAGCCAUAGAGACACAUGGCGUAUAUAUAAAUUAUGUAUAAAUACAAAAUGUGUUUACUCCCAGCUCUGACCAGCAGUCAGACCCAGUCUUCCAAAGGGGGGACUCUAUUAAUGUCCUAUACCUACCAUUAUCAGUAAUAUAGCGGCUGCUGUGUUCAAACUGUCACGGACCGUAGAAAUAACCUACCGCUGUUUUAAAUGUGCUGGUAUUCCUGUAGCUGCUCUUUUCUACUUAACGUUGUAAUCUAUCAGGAAACUUGUGCAUGGCACUUUGGAUCAAAGCAGGACAAUUGUAUGUCAUUGUGGCUUUCACCGUCUUGUUUGCCUGUUUUUAAGUCUGUCAUUAAGUUGUAGUGGCUAGUACGCAUUUCAGAGCUGGAUCGUGCCAUCACUUUUACUUGUUUGUCCAUUCCUCCACUCUCUAAAUGAGACGUUUAUUGGAUUACAUGUAUAGCCAAACCCAGUGCAUUAGGACUUUUGACAUCUUUAUGUCUUUAUUUUUUGUUGUAUUGUAAACAAGGAUCAGUAGACAAACGUCGGUCAGGCUGUAUAAUAUUUAAAUAAGGGGCCAACCUAACUUUUUCUGAUGCUAAUGCCCGAAUUAAUUUUGUUUUUCAACUAUCCUUCAUUCAUUCAUCCAUAACAACUGUGUUUAUAGCCACCACAUUGCCUAGAUUACAUGUAAGAAUAGAUAUGGACAUGAUGGUUCAUUCAGUUUAGCAACUUGGUGGAGUUGUACAGUCUAAAUUAUGUAGUAUAUGGCAAAAUCCCAUUUGUAUUUGAAUGUCAGCAGUAUCACCUUGGUCCUGUGUUAUGUCACAGGAACCUGCUGUCAUUUAGUUACACACAUGAAACUUUUUAUCAGUCGCUUCCAAUCAUAAAAACUGCUUUUUAAAUGUUUUUUUACGCCUAGUGGUAGAGCAAUAAUCAUCCCAUUCAUCAGACAAGGGAAGCUGAGGUUUGAGUUACCAAAAAAUGAAACAUGGCUGACUUUUAAGUGCUCAAAGGGCCAUUGAAGACCAGACAAGUACUGUACUCCAUAUGAGAAAUACAUAUAUCCAAUUAAUCCAAAUACAUACCUGUUGAAAUAAGAUGUCAAAAAUCAAUAUAAAAUGUAAGAGAAAAUGAAUCAACAUCUUCACAGAAUUGAUUUUUCCUCGCUAGCUCUCUUCACCGCAGUUGUUGUCUGUGUUUUUUUUUUUUUUUUAAUUUGUCGUCGAUGUACAGAGUUGAGAAUGAUUUAAGGAAUGCAGUAUUGCAUGAAAACGCUAAUGCAUGUCUUUCAUUAACUAUGCAAGAGUCUGCGGGCCGUGUACAGUAGAAAGCAGAGCAUGGCUGAUGUAUUCCAUUGCUUCAUUUUGCACACCAUUCCAAUAUUUAGAAAUUGUAAAUUACAGAAUAUUUCAUCUGUACAGUUAAAAAAAAAAGGAUUCAACUUUUAAAAGAUCUAUUUAACGCCGUGAUUUCCUUUUAGCAUUCUACCAUGUAAUGUUUUUUUAUAUUUUGUAAUUCUGCUAAUCUGUGCUCUCUGGGUGCUCCUACCAAACUGGUAGGUUACAGUCUUUUUGUUUCAUAUUUACUGUUGUACACCAGCAGAGACAACACUAUGGAUGCGAUAAUCUCUUAUGUGAUUACUAAAUAGCCUCAUGUAUGUAUGUAUUGUGAAAAAGCCUUCCAUUAAUUCAGUGAUAACAGUUUGUGAACCCCCUGUUGAAAUGUUCUCCGCCGCAUCAAAGAUGUGGCCGGUUCUCUAAUAUAAAGGCAAAUAAAUAAAUAUAUAUAUAGAGCUAAAUGCAAUAAUGAAAGAUAGUACAUUUGUAGUUUUAUAUUACAGUAUGUAAUGAACAAUGACAUUAAAAUGUAAAUGUUCAGUUAAUACUUUUUUGUAGUAUUUAUGCCACGUCAAUCAUUAUUAUUUUUGUAUUCGAAAAACGGUUUAUCAGCAAACAAAACGGACAACUUCCAAACAUGCGUUAAAGCAGCACCACUAUUUUGUUUCUCCUGAUAACAGGUGACAUGGGUAUCACUCUAUAGUUCUUAAAAAUGCAAAUAACAGAAGUUAAUGAAUCCUGUAUUGAGUUAUUGUUGUGAUGUUUUGUUUCGUUAAGAGUCACACAACUUUUUUUUCAAGAUGAAAGCAUUAAUUAAUGUCAUUAUCUGCAACAUGUUUGUGAAAUUUUACCACUGAAUCAAAGUUGCAAUAACCACUGAAACGGAAAUACCCAAACCCUUCAGGUUCUGCAGAUGCUGUAGCAAUACAGCUGUGUGUUGUCCCUAAUAUUAAAAGGACUCAAAAUACAUAACUUACAUUGUGAGUUUGGGGUAAAAUUGUUUUUGGACUUGCAGAUAGAUGAGUUUUUUCCCCCAGAUGUAAACACUACAAACUCAUAAUACUGAAACUUUUCAGAAGCCUUAAGCGAAACAAAUGGUAAUAUGGAUAGUUUGUGUAUUUUCUCUUUGGAUGAAACCAAGGAGCUGUGUGAUGAAUGAAUGUCAUGAGUCUCAUUUUAAUGUUUUUUAUCUAACAAAGAACACUACAGUGCUUAAAUGCAGAGCACGCCUCCCCUUUGACCUUUUUUGUCUUUUACUUUUCAGUGUAUCAUUCAUAAAGCAUUUUGUAAAAUACAGUGCAUUUAUUGAGAUUUCACUUAAUGCCGUUUUACUGUAUUCCUUGUUGUACCAGGUUCAUGAGGCUCUUUUUUAAAAAUGUUCACAUUAGGGCCUCUGUUCUAUCAUUUGCCUCUUAAAUGUUUCCUUAAAUUCUUUUUUUCUAUUUUUUUAAGAGCUGUGUUUUGACAUCCAAUAGUUCAUUAGACUGUGUCUUUUAUGUUAAUUUAUUUCUCUUUUGUUAUCAUGUAUGCACUUUUUUUUUUUAUUUUUCCAAAAGGACAAAUGUGUAUAUACUUUGUUGGUUUACCCAUGCAAGUAUAAAAUUAAAAAUCGGAUUAAAAAAAUGUUAAAAGUUCCA